AUGGUUUCUUUCAAGACUCUCCUCGGCGCUGUCGCCAUUGCUGCCUCCGUCCAAAGCGGCUCGGCUGUCUUGGUCACAAUCUCCCUUGACGUUGCUCUUGGAACCAUCGGCGGUGUUAUUGGCGCCGCCGGUGGUGUCACCGGAGGUGUCUCUGCUGCUGUUGCCAACUCCAAGCGAGAGGUGAACCAGUUGGAGGCAGCACCUAUCAGCCGUGUUAAGAGACAAUCUUACGGCACCAAGUACGACUGGGAGCAAUGCCACCAGCAACUCACUACCUCGACCAUUGACUUCAACGGCGAGGCACCUGGCACCGUCGUUGUCAGCGGCAUGCCCCCGGCUUGCAUGGUCCUUGCCACCGUCAUUACUGGCAAGUUCGAUCAGGGCAACCCGGUUCCGCUCAGCAACAAUGCGGUCCGGUUCACUGGUUUGACCGAUGAUGAUGUCCACCAGAUGGAAGACGCUUUGAACACCCACGCUUAG